AUGCGCACCGCACUCUUCCUCGCCGGCGCCCUCGUCACCAUGGCGUACGCCGCCCCCAGCGGCCCGAGGGAAGCCACCGGGUGGCCUGAGAACGAGGACCAGGUCGGCACCUACGUCGACGCCCUAGAGCAAGACAUCGCAGCGGCCAGCCUCGAGUCCGGCCUCCCGCCCUUCUUCGGCUUCCUCCUGCAGGCCUACUCCCUCCGGGACCAGGACGAGGCCGCGCUGAUCGUCGAGGCCGCGCAGGCGCUCCGCGACGAGCGAGCCGACCUCGAAGAGUUCGCCUCCGAGCUCCAGGGGCCCGCCGCCCUGCAGCGCCGCGGCGCGGGCCAUGGGCUGUUCGAGGCCGCUCUCGAGAGCGCCGCCGGCGAGUGGACCAGGGCCAGCGGCGACAAGGGCGUGAAGAAGGACAACAAGGCGCUGAUUGGCAAGUGCGUCAGGGAAGCGAAGAAGGACAAGGUCAAGGCCGGGGAGAAGCAGAAGGGCGACGAGACUAAGUUCGUCAUGGAGGGCCUGCCGCAGAGCUGCUGCGAGCUGAUGCAGGAGUGGCACGACCUCGAGGGCCACGCCGCCGAGGUCGAGGUUGUCGGCGGGGGUGUUGUUGAGUUCAGCUUGUAA